AUGUCAAACUCAGCGACAUUAAGUGAAUUGAAUGUCAUACAGACAUUAGAACAAGCCGGGAAUCCUCAGCAGGCCGGGUCUCAGGUGCAAAAGCUUGCUGAAUCUCAAUUAAAACAGUGGGAGGUUCAAUCUGGGUAUCACUUUCUGUUACAAACCAUUUACUUGGACUUAUCAAACUCUUUGCAAACCAGAUGGCUUGCAGUCAUCCAAUUCAAAAAUGGGGUGGACAAAUAUUGGAGGUCUACAAGAGUGCAUUGUAUAAAUAAAGAUGAAAAGGCAUCCAUUCGAACUAGAUUGUUUGAUAUGAUAGAUGAACAGAACAACCAAUUAGGCAUACAAUACGCUCAAGCGACCGCCAGGAUCGCACGUCUUGAUUUCCCAGUGGAAUGGCCUAAUCUUUUUGAGACAUUGAAAUCUUUAUUAGAGAAUGAUCAUGUGAAAAAGGAUAAUAUUAAAGUUUAUAAUAUCCUCACAUAUAUAAACCAAAUAAUCAAGAUUUUGGGCACUGCGAGAAUCGGCAGAUGUAAACCUGCAAUGCAAAGUAAAGUUCCAUUAAUCUUUCCAUUAAUCGUUAGAAUAUACUUAGAAUCAUUCGAAGAAUGGACUAGCGCAAAUUCCAUUGACACAGAAAAUUUAACGAAACUACAAGUUUGUUACUUGUCCCUUAAGGUUUUAAGGAGAAUUGCAUGUGAAGGUUAUGAAUACCCACAGAAAGAUCAGUCUGUUUGUGAAUUUAUGAAACUAACAAUCUCUCAUUUUGAAUUAUUACUAGAAAACCAUCAAAAUUUUAAUAAACUUGACAUCUAUGAGAAGUUUGUUAAAUGCUAUGGAAAAUUAUAUUUUAAUUUAGUAACAAACUCACCAGCAAACUUUAUUUUAAUUCCUUGCUCGACAAAUAUAUUGGUGUCUUACACAAAACUAUUAUUUGAGAAGGCUGCCAUAGUAUAUCAAGAAAAUGCAGAUGUGACUGGUGAUUUCUGGGAGAAUACAACCAUCAGAGGGUUCCUUAUACUAAAGAAAGUGAUCAACUUUAUUACAAAGAAAAGUGUCAUCACACUAAAGGCUAGAAAUGACAAAGCAAGCGUAGAGACCUCAAUUAAGAAAAUGAAUACCGAAUUCCUAAACGAAACAUUGAUCAAGAAUUUAAUAGACGUUUGUAUGAAUUGGUACUUAAAGCUAAGACCUGCUGAACUUGAAAAUUGGUUCAUCGAUCCUGAGGAAUGGAUUAACGAACAAAUGGCGGCAAGUUAUGAGUAUCAAAUCAGACCGUGUGCUGAGAAUUUUUUCCAAGAUUUGAUUAAUUCAUUCCCUGAACUACUCGUCCCAUAUUUAUUGAACAAGAUUGAAAAUGAUGCUUCGCAUCUUUCAAAUGACCUGGACGGUUUUUUAAAGAAAGAUGCAAUUUAUACUACGUUUCAACUUAGUGCCGCUGCUGUAAGCGAAAUGGUGGAUUUCGAUAGAUUGUUAGUCCAAAUAUUUCUACCAGAAGCGACAAAUAAUUCUAUUCCAAGAGAUCAAGCAAGAAUAAUUCGUAGAAGAGUGGCUCUUAUUAUUAAUGAAUGGUCCACUGUCAAGUGCUCUGAAGAAAGUAAAGCUCUCUGUUACAACUUUUUUAAUGAUUUGCUAAUAGGUGAAGACGAUAAAGUUGUAUUACUAACAGCAAUUCAAUCCAUUAGAACGAUGGUUGAUGAUUGGGACUUCAAUAAAGAUACAUUUGAGCCAUUUUUGAUAUCAAUUGUUACACACCUUCUCAGAAAAAUUUUACCGUCUGUUUCUUUGACCGAGACGAGAAUGUAUGUCCUAAACACGUUAAGUGAUAUAAUCAUUCAAACAAAGCCAUUGAUUAACAAGGAUCUGUUGGUAGAAAUAUUGCAAAUUGUACCUAACCUAUGGGAAAUUGCAGCAAAUCAUACUUCCGAAUCUAUUCUUUCCAAUUCUUUGUUAAGAUUAUUAAGAAAUUUGGCCGGAUCGUUAGGUUCUUACUCAUACUUGACGUGGGAUAUCGCAUUACCAAUUAUCUCAGUUGCAUGUAACCCUAGUUCUUCACAUUUCCAUUUAUUGAACGAAGAUGGUUAUGAACUUUGGGCAUCCCUGCUCCAAAAUUAUUCACCAAAAGAACAUGGAUUUGAUAGAAAGUUCAUCGAAUUAUUACCGUACUUGGAGUUUGGCGUGGAAUCUCAUACCGAAGUGUUGACAAUAUUAUUAGAAAUCAUUAAAAGUUACAUGUUGAUAUUAACCCAGGAAGAAAUAUUUGCUUGUCAAUCCUUCCAAAUAAUUUUCAGUGAAAUUUCUAAAUUUCUAUUGAAGUUAAGAGAAGACGCCUUGCAAUUAAUUCUUGAAAUUUGGGAAAUUAUGGUACUAGCUAAUGAAUCAGACUAUGAAAAUAUUUUGUUAACAAAUUUCUACAAAGCUGGAAUAUUAUCUGCAUUAUUUGAUUGCAUAUUUAAAGAGGAGUCAUUAUCAGCACAUCAAUGUGGUCAACUUUUACAGGUGGUCUCUAGGAUAGCAUAUGUAAACCCAGGUGCCUUACUAGAAUUCUUAUCUAACUACCAGCAGCAAAUACCGACAUCGAAUGAAAAUGCAAACUUACCAUUAUUAGAGAGAAGAAUCGUCUACAAGGAUAUGCCAUUUGAAGACCUUAUUAGAAAAUUAAUUUCUAUCUGGGUUGUAUGCCUUAAGGAUGUGUACGAUCCAAAGGCUAAGAAAAUCCAUAUUUUAGGUAUCUCUAGUUUACUAAGAGGUAAAAUGAUUGUUGUCCUAACUGAAUUUGAAACCAUUGUAUCACUAUGGAUAGAAGUCUUGGAAGAGAUUAAUGAGACCAAUGAUGGUGAUUGUGAAAAGUAUCAUUUGAAUGAUAUUGUUACUGAACAAUCCAUGUCAUUUUACCCUUUAACUUCUGAACAACUGAGACAACAUGAAUUGAGUAAGAAUAAUGAUCCAGUUCAUAAUAUCAGUUUAAAGGAAUUCAUUGAACAAACUUUAAGAUUCUUAGAAGAAUUUUUGGGUACACAAGGUUACAAUGAACUUUUAUCAAAUGUCAAUAUCAAUCUCUUGGAAAACCUAAAGCUCUUUUUGUCUUUAAAGAAAUGA